UUGCCAAGCUUUUGUAUUCUCUAUUGCAAGUCCAAGUUGGCUGAUUUUGGUCCUGUAUGAUUUGUGCACGAGUCAACCCUCGUUUCUCCCAUUUCGUUAUCAAUAAGCACCGUAGCCUGAAUUGCUCAAUCAGAACCGCCAUGUCCAUCAGGCAACCUCCCUGGAAGCCCGAUCUUCGUUGCACAGAGGAGCCCGUUCUCAGGAUAUACAAUUCGUUGACCAAAUCCAAGACGGAAUUCAUACCCAGGAAUGGACGCAUCGUAAAGUGGUACAACUGUGGACCCACGGUUUAUGAUGCAUCUCACAUGGGUCAUGCGAGGAACUACGUCACCCAAGAUAUCUUGCGGAGAAUAAUGUCAGAUUAUUUUGGUUACGAUGUGCACUUUGUCAUGAACGUCACCGAUAUAGACGAUAAGAUAAUUCUGAGGGCACGGCAAAAGUAUCUCUUCGAAAGAUUUCGUGACCAAGUCGCAUCUCUUUCCGCAGAUCUCAUUGACAGAGUGUCCGCUGCCUGGAAAGCACAUGUGUUGAAUAGGGUUUCGAGGGCCCUUCCAGACGAUGUCAAAGCACGGGAAGGGGAUGAAAACGCUGGUUGGUUGCGGAUCGAGCAGUUUAUAGAGGACAAGGACCGGAAAGCUGAGUGUCUGAAGCGCGACGAAAAAUUUGACAUGCACUUGAGAGCUGCUCUUCAGACCUUGACCGCACUUUCUAUUGCUCGAGAAAAACUGUCCUCUUCUGAAUGCGAUCGGGAGUUUGCGCUCCAGUUAGUCGAUGAGUCUCGUGAUAUACUCUCUGCAUCCCUAGAUGAAGAACUAAAACAUACAGUCACAGACCCAUCCAUAUUCAGAGCGUUGGCCGCGUACUGGGAGAACCGAUUCUUCAGGGAUAUGGACCGCCUACGGGUUCGUAGGCCGGAUAUAUUGACACGAGUUACCGAAUAUGUCCCGGAAAUUGUUGACUUUGUAAAGCGGAUCAUCGAAAACGGAUAUGGUUACACGCACGGCGGCAGCGUGUAUUUCGACACAUUGGCAUUUGAUUCGUCCGGUAAGCACGUCUAUGCGAAGUUGGAACCUUGGAGCAAGGGCAAUCGUGAGCUUCUUGCUGAAGGCGAAGGCGCACUCUCUGGGAGCAGUGGCAAACGAUCACCAGCCGACUUUGCGUUAUGGAAGGCGUCAAAAGCAGGCGAACCAUCGUGGCCAUCUCCGUGGGGUUCGGGUCGUCCAGGAUGGCACAUCGAAUGUUCGGUCAUGGCCAGUGCCAUCUUCGGUGAUAACAUGGAUAUACAUUCGGGUGGUAUUGACCUUGCUUUUCCUCACCACGAUAACGAGAUUGCACAAUCCGAGGCCUAUCACGGAUGCGAGUCCUGGGUAAAUUAUUUCAUCCAUACGGGCCACUUGCAUAUCGAAGGUCUCAAAAUGAGCAAAUCGUUGAAGAACUUCAUUACCAUCGAUGAAAUUUUGCGAAGAUAUACCCCCCGACAACUGCGCCUAGCGUUCCUGUCACAGUUAUGGAAUGCCAAAGUGGACUUCUCUGAGUCGUUGAUGACAGGCGAAGUAAGAACAAUCGAGAGCAAUUUCAACGUAAGGAGCCCACUAUUUUAUGUUGUUUAUUGUUCGGUCAACCAAUCUACUGUGCAGAACUUUUUUGCGACAGUCAAGGCCAUAGUACUUACGAAUAACGGACAAUCGGAUGGAUACCACCAUUAUGAAGACCCUGAACGAGAACUCAUGAAUGAGCUGUACCAGAGUAAACUGUCCUUCCGUGCUGCCCUCUGUGACUCGUUCAAUACUCCGGAGGCGCUCAAAGUUCUACGUGACCUUGUUUCAAGGACAAAUAUUUACAUUAAUUCUCGAGGUAAAUUGCUGAAUGUAGGCGUGGUGGAGCAAUCGGCCCGCUGGGUAGGUCAGAUGCUACACAUGUUUGGUCUUGGGGAAGGCUACGAGCCAGAUUUGGGAUGGGGAACAGAGCAAAAUAAGAAUGGAGGGGCAAACCGGGAAGGGGUUCUCAUGCCGUAUCUUCGAGUUCUCUCCUCGUUUCGGGAUGGAGUCCGGCGGUUGGCCAUCGCAAAAACCGAAGAUGCUCCCAAGCAGAUUCUCAAGCUCUGUGAUCAGCUGCGAGACGACGACUUGGUACCUUUGGGUGUUGCCCUAGACGACCAAGAAGAUGGGAAGGCUCUCGUCAAGCUAGUUCCCCCAGCUGAGCUAAUCAAAACCCGCGACGAGAAACGCCAGAAGCUUGAAGCCCAAGCUCUUAGAAAAGCUGCCGCUGCAGAAGAACAGCGGCAGAAGCGGCUUGCGAAACUUGAAAAAGGACGCACACCUCCAGAGGAGCUUUUCAGACCACCGAACGUACCUGAAGGUAGCUAUAGCCAAUGGAACGAAAUAGGUCUACCAACUGCAGAUGGUUCUGGAGAGAAACUUAGUAAAAGUCAGGAGAAGAAGCUUCAGAAGUUGUGGAAUGAUCAAAAGAAGCUGCACGAGGAAUAUUUAGCUUGGCAACAACAGCAGCAUUGACAGUGGUCGCUUCUACCCUAACAGAUUCUAAUAGGAUAUCAAGCAAAUUUCUACCAUUCACAGCUUCGCACUAUUAACUUGGCUAUUUGCUCUAGUCCAGCCUGGUCGUCCUCGUCGAAACCAGACAAUGCAAGACAGUCCAAGUCCAGCACUCCAAACACAAAGGGUCCAUCGCUUCCUUGAUAGAUAAGGGGACAUACAAUUUCGCUAUUAGUGGAUCCGUCACAUGCGAUGUGCCCUCGAGCCUUGUCGGCUUGGAGGUUGAUAAGCUGACACGCUGGUUUGCCGCAAAAAGGACCCAACAGCAAGUUACCCUUGUCUCGUGAUACACUCGGUUGGCUGCUUGUGGGUGUGGUGAACUGUGGGUGCGGGAACAGGGAC